CAUCCCUUCCAUCACACGCCAAUCUCCAAAGAGCGAGCAAAGCGAGCGAGCCCUCUCUCUCUCUCUCUCGAUCUCUCGGAAGCAAGAAGCGGGAAUGGCCAAGGACAUGGAGGUGGGAGGCGGGCACGGCUCGUUCCAGUCGAAGGAUUACCAGGACCCGCCGCCGGCGCCGCUGGUGGACGCGGAGGAGCUGGGGCAGUGGUCCUUCUACAGGGCCAUCAUCGCGGAGUUCAUCGCCACGCUCCUGUUCCUCUACAUUACCGUCCUCACCGUGAUCGGCUACAAGAGCCAGGUCGAGACCUCCGGCGACCAGUGCGGCGGCGUCGGCAUCCUCGGCAUCGCCUGGGCCUUCGGCGGCAUGAUCUUCGUCCUCGUUUACUGCACUGCCGGCAUUUCUGGAGGUCACAUAAACCCGGCGGUCACCUUCGGGCUGUUCUUGGCGAGGAAGGUGUCGUUGGUACGAGCUGUGCUCUACAUGGUGGCUCAGUGCUUGGGCGCCGUAUGCGGGUGCGGUCUGGUGAAGCAGUUCCAGAAGGCAUACUACAUCGAACAGGGGGGCGGCGCCAAUGGGCUGAGCGAGGGUUACAGCACGGGCACCGGUUUGGCCGCGGAGAUCAUUGGAACCUUCGUCCUUGUCUACACCGUCUUCUCGGCCACAGACCCCAAGAGAAACGCCAGAGACUCCCACGUUCCGGUGUUGGCUCCACUGCCCAUAGGAUUCGCCGUGUUCAUGGUUCACCUCGCCACCAUUCCUAUCACCGGAACCGGCAUCAACCCAGCUCGUAGCUUUGGAGCCGCGGUGAUGUAUGGCAAGCAAAAGGCAUGGGAUGAACAAUGGAUCUUCUGGGUCGGACCAUUCAUCGGCGCGGCGAUCGCUGCUUUCUAUCAUCAAUACAUCCUGAGAGCUGGAGCUGCUAAGGCGCUCGGUUCCUUCAGGAGCUCAUCUGUCGUGUAAAUCCCCAGAAGAAUCUCAGGGACUUGAGGAUGGAAACUGAAGCUGUGGAAGUUAGCGUUGUUGUUCUGUGUUGGGCACUUGUAUUUUUUUGGCAGUGCCCCUAGAGUUGGCUUUCUAUCUGCUUUUGCCAUGUUAGCUGUUUCUCUGGUACUUUGUCGGCCCUUUUGGCAUGCGGUCGUCGAGUUCAAGGUGCUAUUUACAUGGAUGCAAUGAAUGCAUUUUGUUCGCUUUAUUCCCAUUUUGAAUAAACCCAAGCUCUUUUGGUA